AUGGAAUUCUCUUGCGUUGCUGCUGGGUCGUUCCACCAGGGAGAUCCCAGAUUUACCGAGAGCAACAACGCUCAAUGCAUGGCAAAUGCAACCUGUGCCCUCGCAUGGCAAGCAUUCUGCGGCGGAUUCAGUACCAACGCUAUUGACGCUAUACUCAUGGCGGGCGAUAGCUUGUAUACACUAUCUCGCCGUGAGCAUAGCAUCACUAACCGGUAUCUGUUCCCUGAGGACCUCGCCAGGCACUUCGUGGUUGCACACCAUCGUGUUACCAUCGAAGAAAUUUCUUGUGUUUGGGACGGGUUGUAUCCGUUACGAAACGAUGGCCUAGAUGAGGUGACCUCUUCCUUGUCUUCGGUUUUGGAAGCAGCUAUGCCCGGUGACUCCGUUGAUAGCGGUUUUUUGUUUACGGGACAGUUGGUGACAGUCGCUUUUUGGCGUUUCCAAGGGCGGCUGUACCUCUUUGAUUCCCACGCGGUAAACGAAAACCGUCGUCGAGACAUUGAUGAGGCGAGAAAUAAGGCUAGGGUGUUCGUCUGUAAUAGUUUUCGUUCUCUAGCUUCCCUCAUUUUGGUGAAUUCUGCGUUCGUCGGUGGGCAGUACUCCGUCACAAAAAUAAAGUUUUCCGUCAACGAAACUCAAACUGUCCACACGGUCGACUGUUCGGACAAUGACUUAACUCAGUUAUCAGAAUCUGCCUCUGAGACAGUUGUUCAGAAAACCAAAUGUCCUGGUAGACCAAAAACAAUAAAGCGUGGUCGUCCAAAGCUUUUAGACACGACCCGAGAAGAGCAAGUGGAUGCGGCGAAGAAGAAGUAUAGGGAGACGCACGCUGACAAACUCCGGGAUGACAGUCAACGUUACACUCAAACCCACCCUGAGGUGCACCGAAAGGCUGUUCAGCAAUACGACCUGCGUAAUCCCGGUGCUUCUGCUGAGAGAGUUCAGAUUUUUCGCCUGAAAAAUCCGAAAAUGUCUGAACUUCGCUAUAUGCCCGCAUCACUUGCUCGGUCCGUAGUCAAAAAUGGCCCCAUAUGUCGUCAUUGCCAAGCACGGCUCUUCGAGGAGGAGAAGAAUAGAAAGCAAUGGUGCUGCGGGGAAGGAGCGUUCAAUGUUCUCGACAUUCCUCCGUUGCAAGAACGCUUUUAUUCCGACCGUCUCUUCCUGGAAAGAGCCCGUGCGUACAACGACCUGUUUGCUUUCUGCGCGCUCGAAGUGUCAGGCGGGUAUCGUCAUCCCAGUGGUCUUUCUUUUUUCAAGAUCGAGGGAAGAAUGUACCACCAGGUCUACAAUCUGGACGCCCCAGGACAAAAGUUCACCACUCGUUCUGGGAACGUUCAGUUUGUGAAUCGGUCCCGCCUGUAUAUUGACGAUGGCGAAGAGCGCCGUAACAUUGCGAUGGGUAGAUCGCUUGAUGCCGAGAUCAUCGACGGUAUUGCUGAUUUCCUGUCUAGGGAAAAUCCUUACAUUGAGCAUUACCGUCGAUUGAGCAACGAGCCUUCCGUAACAGCUCACUUGGCUUUUGAAGUAACAAGCAGGUCUACCCAUGGCCCUGUUCUCGGUGAUCGGCAAACAGGCGUCGAAGUGCACGCCGUGCUCAGCAAUGAUGAAAACGACACUGAGCCCCGGAGACUGACUAUAUGGAAAUCCGGUUCCGAUAGACCUACAUUUAUUGAUCUUUUACACCCCCUAAUGGAACCUUUCCAAUAUCCCCUACUUUACCCGCAAGGCACUGUGGGAUGGCACGUUGGCCGCCUUGAUAACAAGGGUGCCAAACUGACUCAAUUUAAGUACUCGCGGUGCCUCCUACUUUCUGAACCUCGCUUCUCUCACCUAGGCCGUCUCUCACAAGCUUGGCAGGUUGAGAUGUUCGCGAGGUACGAGGAGGAGAAACUGCGUUACAUUAAGUUUACGCAGCUGAAGAACACCGAUAGUGCCUUGCGGGUGGGGCCGGUUGACGAGAUUCGGAAUGCACAGCAGGUCUUGAACGACAUCGCUCGUGAUGAAACCGUCCAAGGCGAGGGUGGGGUGCAGGCAGGAAAAGUCUACCUCCCAAGUUCGUUCACCGGGGGGCCCAGGUACAUGAAAGUAAAAUACGAAGACGCUAUGGCAAUCGUAUCGCGCCUGGGUUCCCCCACUUUCUUUUUGACGUUUACUUACAACGCGACUUGGGAGGAAAACAAGAAAGCUUGCCCUCGUGGAGGUACUCGCAGUGACCCUAGCACUGCUUGCAGAGUUUUUAGGAUCAAACUUCUGGAACUUCUCCGAGACCUGCGCAGCGGAGCAAUGUUUGGACGCUCUGUCUAUAUCGUCUACGUCAUCGAGAUGCAAAUGAGGGGCCUUCCUCACGCCCACAUUGUAUUCAAGAUUGACGGCGACGGACCAGUUCAGGCGUCCGAAAUUGACUCCAUCAUCCGCGCGGAUAUUCCCUCGGAAGAAGAGGCCGGAGGCCGACUGAGAAAGUUGGUCCUCAAACACAUGAUCCACGGUCCAUGUGGUAAUGAUCAUAGGACUGACUUUCUCUGUUGGGACUCUGCAAAGGGUUACUGCACCAAAUACUUCCCCAAGCCCUGCUGUGAAACCACCCACGUCGACGAGAGGGGAUUCGUCCAGUACAAGCGAGAUUAUACCAAUCGGGGGACAAUUGUAUCACGCAAUAAGAACAUUAUCGUACAUGACGGUUGGGUUGUGCCUUAUAAUCCCGCACUGAUGUUGAAAUACGAGGCUCACAUCAAUUUGGAGCUGGCGUCUACUCGCCGCGUGAUUAAGUACCUCUUCAAAUAUCUUAUGAAGGGAGGAUCUCUCCAGAACGUCACAGUUACUCCCUUCAGUAAGCAAGAUGAUGAGGUACAGCAUUACGUGACGAAGAGAAUGGUGGGUGCCAGUGACGCGUGCUGGCGUUUAUUAAACUUUCCAGUAUCAGAAUCUGAGCCGGCUGUUGAAUGUCUUCCCGUCCAUCUGGAGGGCAAGCAGUCGUGGAGGUACUCGCAGUGA